AUGUCCCGACUACUAUCAUCGGCGCUCUCGCUGCGCCGCGAUCCUCGUAUUCUGAAGCUCCCCCCUUACCUGUCCUUCCUCUGCAUUGCGGUUGGUGUGGUCUGGCUCUUUCUCCUGCCCUUAAACGAAUACUCGCGACGAACGUACAUCUCGGAGAACGCGCUACUACCAGGCCAGGUGCAUACCUAUUUUGGAGGAAGCGAACAAAACAUCUUCCGUGCAUAUCGACACGAGGUCGACGAGGUUGCAGACCAGAACAACUAUGAAGUCAACGACAAGCUCGACAAGAUUUUGACUGGUGUCGGGCUCAAAGUUGGACGCCAGAACUACACCUACCACUCAGCUGGUCAUGAAUACUCAGGGCAGAACCUCUACGCUAUCCUGCAAGCUCCUCGCGGCGAUGCUACUGAGGCCAUUGUUUUGGUUGCUGCAUGGAAAAAUGUUGAAGAGCAGCUCAACCGCAAUGGUGUAUCCCUGGCGUUGACUCUGGUCCGUUACUUCAAGCGCUGGUCACUCUGGUCCAAGGAUAUUAUUCUAGUUGUCCCUCCUGAUAGCAAGACAGGAACACAGGCUUGGGUAGAUGCAUACCACGACGCCCACAAUCCCGAUCUCGUGGCCCCUCUGCCUCUCAAGUCUGGAGCCCUUCAAGGCGCCAUCGCGAUCGACUAUCCCCAGGAGCAAGGCUUCAAGUCUGUACACAUAAUCUACGACGGCCCCAACGGUCAGCUUCCCAACCUCGAUCUCAUCAAUUCUAUUGUAAAUAUUGCCGGCGGCCAGAUGGGUAUGGGCACUCUCAUCCAGAAGAUGACUCAACACAAGGGCAGUUACCCUGAUCGCCUACAUACUAUGCUCCGCGGUAUGCUCAACCAAGGCCUCGGCUAUGCGGCUGGUGCUCACAGCAGCUUUAUUCCGUAUCAUGUUGACGCUGUGACACUUCAACCUCAAGGUGAAGGAUGGCACGACGAGAUGGGCAUGGGCCGCUUGGUCGAGGGCUCAUUCCGAAGUCUCAAUAAUCUCCUCGAACAUCUACACCAGAGUUUCUUCUUUUAUCUUCUGAUGCAGACUGAUAGAUUCGUAAGUAUCGGUACUUACCUUCCUAGCGCCAUGUUAAUUGCUGCCAACUUCACCAUCAUGGCCAUCUCCCUUUGGGUAAAGAGUGGACAGUCGCCUGCAGCUCAGAAGCCCAAGGAGAAGGUAUCGACCACAUCUGUCGAAGCGACCCCAGGUGGUAGAGAUUUGUUUGUACCGCUGGCCGUCGUUGCUGUUUGUCAAGGCCUGGCAGUCGUGCCUCUAUACACUUUCAAUCAUCUUCCUGCUAGUUUACUUUCGCCAGCAUUCGCUAUCUUCUCUAUCAUCUCCGCCAUUCUUCCCCUUGCAAUCUCGAGGCUUCUAACACUUGUCACUAAGCCCACGAUGCAGCACUUCCAACUAACAAAGUCUUUCUCUCUACUCGUUCUGGGAAUGUGUUUAUCUACCCUCGCCACGCUUAACUUUUCUCUUGCCUUCCUGAUCGGGGUGCUCUCUAGCCCGCUAACCUUUGUUCAGCCCGUUAAGAAUCCUGCCCUUCGCUGGUCUCUGGCGGGUGUACUCAAUGUUGUAGCACCCCCUACUAUAUUAUAUGCUGCUGCCCAGGUUUGGGAUAUUAGUAUUGCAAACUUGUUGAAAGAGGCGAGCUUUGGGUGGAACGUCUGGGGCAUGUAUACACCUGUAGUGGUUUGGUGCUUGUGGUGGCCCGCAUGGCUCGUUGGCAUGGUCAACGUCUUUGGAGAGGUUGCUGCAUAG